CUUGGGCAAUAAAGAAAUGUCCUCUACUGGGGUGGAUGCGGGAGAGCUAGGCUUGUUGGAGAAGACAGCGAAAAUGGUGAACGAAAAUACAACUACGUCAUUGAAGGUAGAAGAAGACGGGGAUGAAACUACUACGGUGCAGACAACCAAGAAGGACAACAACAAAGCGAUAAUUCAGAGUGCAGCUGCUGUCGCGCCUCCAGUUGUAUCG